AGAGUACUUUUUAUAUACUGAAAACACCAAUUGUGCAUUAUAAUUGUAAUAUAAUAAUAUUUUUGAAAACUCGGAUUUAUUGCUGAAAAAGUGAAUUAAAUUAUAUUAAAGCUAAUGGAAACAGGAAUGGCCUUGCGUGAAGUUUGUAGAAUUUGCUUAUGCGUUAAUGUACGCAUGUUUGUACUAAAGAAGACUAGUCUCCGAAAUUUGUACAAAACAUUGACGAACAGUUUAGUAAGUUUGUUAACGUCUCCUAAUAUUGCAAAUUGAAGUUGCGGUAUUUUGUUGCUACUGCCGAUGAAAUACUUUAUUACUUGCCAUAUAAAAAUGUGAUAGAUAGGGUUAGGCUAAGACAAAUGCAACCAGAACCUGAAAAACACCAAUUAGCCUAAAAUCCUACUACGUGCUAGAAGAGGCACCGAGACUUAAUUGUUUGCAACACGCGUUAGCGCCUGCGAGAUAAAAAUUACUUAGUCUGUGCCAUAAAAAGGUACCUUGUGCCUCCUUCCACGCGACCUGCACUGCUACAUAGUUUUUUUCCCGGUCUAUGUUUUAGUACAUAUUACUGAGUUUUAUUGCGAUUUUCUGUCAAAAUAUCCAAAUCCACCCUGGUUUGGUCUUUUAAUACUGGCAAGCUAAUUGUUGAGUGGCCCCCCACUGGAUAGUGGCAAUCUGGCAACACGAAGUCCAUGGAUGUAGGUGGCUUAAGACUGUGUUGUUGCAGUGAUGAUGAUUCACUAGGUGGUACGACUUUGUUCUUCCUAGGAGUAUGUCUGGGUAGUUAUCAUCCUCUUGCCUAUUUCUUCCACCAGCAGCAAUAUGUGUCCCGGUGUGAAGGACAUUGAGAGCCAGUAUAAUAACACGCUGUGAAGCAUUACAUCAAGGUCCUCAGAGGUAACAUCACAUCUGUAGCCUUUGCUUCAAGUUCGUUGCAAGUGACUCAACCAUUUACCAUCAGGUGGUUUGUAAGUUUAUUUGUCACUUCAAUAUUGUAAAAAAUGAUGUUGAUGAAGAGAAUCGUGGUAGCCAAUAGGUUUUAUUACAAACUUGUAUAUUAAGUAGUUUUCCAAAUUUAUGACGAACUUUCAUAUUUUCAGAUGGAUGAGGAUGAGGAGCCCAUAAUUGUCUGUUUCACCUGUCAUGCAAGACUCAUUCGUUGCAGAACAUUACAACAGCAGGCUGUUGAAUCAAAAGCAGUUCUGGAGCAGUUGCUUGCAGGAGGGUCCAUGGUAUUAUCCGUUCCAUCCAUUAAAACCUAUAAAAGUCCCUCAUAGAUUGCUUGAUAGUAGUGAUUUUACCAAAUUUGUCACGUUUGACAGAUUGGCAACUGCAGUUCAUAUUAGUCUGAGUUGUUAUGAGAAACAUGCUGCCGUCCAAAUCCUGUUUUUGAUUCCCUCUGCCGCCUCUUACGACACCCGUCCCGUGGGUAGGUAAGAAUAUCCACUACCCUAUGUAGUGGAUAUUCUUACAACGCCACUAAACGGUCCACGGUAUUAUACUUCUUAUCAAUGAAAGUUCACUGCUUGAUAGUUCGUUCCCAUUAUUAUGAAGUAUUUGCCUUAAUCAUCACUUGGCACCUUGAUGAGCACUAUCUGUCUCGUGCCUUCUAUGCUGCUUCCUGUUACUAUAUGGGGUAUUAUUUUUUCUACUGCAAAGUUAAGUUUAUCCUUCAAUCUAACUUACUUUUUUGUUAGAUGUUCUAUAUUUUAUGAAUUACAGUAAGAUAAGUAUUAAUUUUUACUAAAUAAUUGUCUGUUUAUACUUUUAUAUAUUACUCUAUUGUAUAUAAACGAAAUAUUAUCUAUAUGUAAUAUUACUCAGUAAACAAAGAUAGAUCUUUGUCAAUUUACGGCAUUCAUGAAUCUGUUUUGAGAAAUUUUUGAGACUUGAUACUCAAGAUGGAUGAACUACAUAUGUAUCUACAUUCUUAUGUAAGUUUAUUCGGAACCCUCACUUUGUACGGUUUUUAUUAUUAUUUGGAGUUGUUGUCCGGAAGAUUCUGCUGUCCAUCUCCUGUUUCAGUUUCCCUCUGUCCCUUUUUACGACAUCUGCGGGAUGGUAUGGUAGUAUGGAUUCUUCUAUGGCACCACUACAUUGGCAUUUUCUUAUUUAAUAAAAGAAUUUGGUUUCAGUCAAUACCAAAACCGCAUGCGGCUAGAGAUAAGAUUCAAUUCACACCAAUUAGUCAUAUAGAUAUCAGGCCAGUAGAGUGUGAUGUAGAAAAUAAUUGUAAGGACGAUAUGUUUAGCCUUGAAUCUGUUAAAGUUGAGGAAGAGAAUUUCGAAAAUAAGAAUAACAAUUUUGAACAAAAUGGGAAUCAUGAAACAGAGAGUGCUGAAAAACAAGAAGACAUGGAGAUUGAUGCUUUUGAAGAUAGACAUACGGAUUCGGAGAACAACUUGCCACUAAUUGCAUUUGUUUCAAAGAGUAAAAAAGAUGAUGAUGACAUAGGUAAAUGAAUUUAUGUUAAAAAACCUGUAUC